GCUUAACAACAGUAACGUCACACGGACUACAGGGGAGUUUUGUUGAAGUUGCAAAGUCCCGGAGCCUCCAGAGGGCUGUCGGCGCAGUAGCAGCGAGCAGCACAGUCCGCGCGCUCCGGCGAGGGCAGAAGAGCGCCAGGCGGCCAGCGCGAGAGCCGAGCGCGGACCGAGCCGGGACCCACAGCCCCCGCAGCCACCCAGGCAGAGCCCACCAUGGAACACCAGCUCCUGUGCUGCGAGGUGGAGGCCAUCCGCCGCGCGUACCCCGAUGGCAACCUCCUCAACGACCGGGUGCUGCGGGCCAUGCUCAAGGCGGAGGAGACCUGCGCUCCCUCCGUGUCCUACUUCAAGUGCGUGCAGAAGGAGAUCCUGCCGUCCAUGCGGAAGAUCGUGGCCACCUGGAUGCUGGAGGUCUGCGAGGAGCAGAAGUGCGAGGAGGAGGUCUUCCCGCUGGCCAUGAACUACCUGGACCGCUUCCUGUCGCUGGAGCCCGUGAAGAAGAGCCGCCUGCAGCUGCUGGGGGCCACCUGCAUGUUCGUGGCCUCCAAGAUGAAGGAGACCAUCCCCCUGACCGCCGAGAAGUUGUGCAUCUACACGGACAACUCCAUCCGGCCCGAGGAGCUGCUGCAAAUGGAGCUGCUCCUGGUGAACAAGCUCAAGUGGAACCUGGCUGCGAUGACCCCGCACGAUUUCAUCGAACACUUCCUCUCCAAAAUGCCCGAGGCCGACGAGAACAAACAGAUCAUCCGCAAACACGCGCAGACCUUCGUGGCGCUCUGUGCCACAGACGUGAAGUUCAUUUCCAACCCGCCCUCCAUGGUGGCCGCGGGGAGCGUGGUGGCCGCGGUGCAAGGCCUGAACCUGGGGAGCCCCAACCCCUUCCUGUCCUACUAUCGCCUCACACGCUUCCUGUCCAGAGUGAUCAAGUGUGACCCGGACUGCCUGCGGGCCUGCCAGGAGCAGAUCGAAGCCCUGCUGGAGUCAAGCCUGCGCCAGGCGCAGCAGAACUUGGACCCCAAGGCCACAGAGGAGGAGGAAGAGGAGGAGGAGGAGGUCGACCUGGCUUGCACCCCCACCGACGUGCGGGACGUGGACAUCUGAGGGGCGCCGGGUGGGCGGGGCGCCACCGCCGCCCAGCGAGGGAGGAGCCGGCCCCAGGUGCCCCCCCUGACGCAGUCCCGCUCCUCCGGGACAUUUCACUACCAGAAGGGAAAUCUUCAUUCUCCCCGUUGUUGGUUGUUUUUCCCUUUGCUCUUUCUCCCUUCCGUCUCUGACUUAAGUGAAAGAAAAAGAUUACCCAAAAACUGUCUUAAAAAAAAAGAAAGAGAAAAAAUAGUAUUUGCAUAACCCCGAGUGGCAGGGGAAAAGGGGGGUUGUGCUACAAAAAUAGAGGAUUUUAUACCCCAGUAAUCAAUUAGCUU